GCGAAUAUGAGGCAAAGCAGAGCGCAAUCAACGUUUGCGUUUGCACAAACAACGUACUGAGAGAGCCGCUUGUGCUUAUGCUUGUGCUUGAGUGCGUCUGUGUCUGGUGUUCUCUCUCAUUUUGCCCAUCUUCCUUAUGUGUGAGUGUAUGUGUUUGUGUGAUUGUGUUUUACCGUAAUCUGUUCUCUUCGCAUUUGCGCAUGCAAGCUUGUGCUCAGAGCAUUGAUUACUCAGUAUUUCGCUUGUGCUCGAGCAGUCGACAACUCAGCAAAGAGUGAGAGUACAAGAAAAGCCUGCCAGAUGAAUGCACGCGACCGCGUGUUCUGGACCGAAUUCCUGCUCCUUUAUCGAUCACUACCGGCCGUAUGGAAGGUCAAGAGUCCGGAAUAUAGCAGCCGUGCUUUGAAGACGUCCAGCUAUGAAAAGUUGGUGCGCAAGCUGCGCGAAGUCGAGCCCGACGCCGACCGAGCACUGGUGGUGAAGAAAAUAAACUCGUUUCGAACAAAUUUUCGUCGCGAUUUGCGCAAACGGAACGCAUGCGCCGAUGACGAGCAUUUCGAAUCGACUUUAUGGUACUUUGAGCUGCUCGGCUUCCUCGAGGGACAGGAGGAAGAGGUCGAGACGAGCCACAAGAGCGGCAAACAGCUGCGCAGCGGCCAGCAGGAGCACUCGGACAGUCAGGAAGAGGAGUCGGUGCUCUUUUGUCCAGGCUACGAGUGGAAAAAAAUGAAGCCAAGUACCACUUUGAAGCAGGAAUGCUUAUCAGCGGCCAGUCGCACACCCAUUCGUAGCCUCUCUCCAUCCAAGUCCCACUCCAGCGUAAACACAAUUAAGGUAAAACGUGAACCUCAUCUCGAUUAUAAGGCACGUUUGGAACAUCAGCCGAGGGUACGACGCCAGAGCUCGCUGAAUGAUUCAGAGGCGCUGGCCCACACAUGGACCGCUCAGUUCAACGAGCUGUCCAUGCCCCAGAAGGUACUGGCCCGCAAGCUGAUCUCGGACAUUCUCUACUACGGCUGCAUGGAACAGUUGGAUCAUAGUCAUGUCACCCAAUUGCAGAACAUGAUGAUGCGAAACACUUCUUCGCCGGAGAUCGAGAAUGGGUCUCCAUCUCCAUGUGCCAGCAAAGUUCAUUAUGUGGAGGAAUACGAUGAGGCAGUCGAUGCUGACUGAUUUAAGAAAUUCAAGUCACUGUACCUAUAGACUAGAAAUUAAGGAACCACAAGUAUUUUGUCAUACAAAUAAAACGUUAAUUUAAAACUA